CAUUGACCUUAAGAUCGACCAAAAUCAAGGUCUUAAACUUCUUUUUCUUUCUUCAGGGGGUGAAGCUUGUGUUUACCUUGAUAUUCUCACGCGGUCCCUUGUCUUCCGGUUUCCAACUACUUUACUGGCCACUCUACAAAUUUCAUAAUCAUUACGGGACAAGGUUCUCGUCUUGAAAGGAACUGGUAUAAAUGAUGGAAAACCACUGGUUGGUCUUAUUUUUGCUAUUUGCAAUUCGCCUAGCUUUAGCUGAGCCUGAUGGUAUUAAAGAAGGAAUUAAAGAAGAACCAACAACCAAAGUUUUUACCGAAGUUGAGACGGAAAUAAUAACAUCGAUAAAAGCCGUAACUGAACCUGUUCCCAUACCACCAGAAAGUGAAUCUGAUGCAGCUCCUGCUCCCCCCCUGUCAUUACUAAAUGCCCCAUCUUCAAUUAAAACUGCUUCGUCUGGACAAAGAGUAAAAAAUCCUGAAUCUGGUAGUGCUUUUGGAUUACCCUGGCAGUCAGUAGAUGUUUCUUCUAAAGGUACAACCACGACAACCACAACUACAACAACAUUGCCACCUCGUGUGCAGCAGUUCAAUGAACAUAUACGAAAUCAAUACAAGCCUCAAAAUCAGCAACAGCAAAAACCUCAGGUACAACAACAGCAAACACAGCAGCAAUAUCAGCCGCAAACACAACAGCAAGAACAACAUCAACAGCAAUCUCACUACCGACCGCAGUCACAAUCACAGUAUCGUCCACAGUUUCAGCAGCAGCAACAGACGAGACCAUACGUUCAACAACAGUCUCAACAACAAGUGCAAUCUCAACAGCAGACUCAACAAGAAGUACAAACACAAAACAGGAUUCAACCUGCUUUCCAGCAACAAAGUCAGGAAAAAGUACAGCCCUCACUUCAACAGCAAUCCCAGAUACAAGUUCAACCAUCCUUUGCAGAACAGUCACAACAAAAAGUUCAGCCAACACUUCAACAAACUCAGCAACGAAUUAAACCUCCAACUCAACAGAGGAUUCAACCUCCAACUCAACAGAGGAUUCAACCUCCAACUCAACAGAGGAUUCAACCCACAACUCAACAACCAAUACAGAGAGUACAACCUCCAAGUCAACAAUCUCAACAGCAAGUUCAACCUUCAUUUUCUCAACAGCAACAAUCUCAGCCCGCUUUCCAGCAAGUUCAAUCACAAGAACAAGUUCAACCACAAAUUCAACAGCAAACGCGUUAUCAAUACCACCAACAGUCACAACCACAAGUUCAAGACAAAUUUCCCCCCGAAUUUCCUAAAGAAUCAUAUCACCAUUCCAUUGAAGAAACAGCUACUGGCGGUAAGCAGUAUAAGGCUUCCGGAGUGAAAACUGCGCCAGCAGUUCAAACUGUCAGCCAAGAAGAGGGAGGAAACGAAGUAGAUCCGAUAAUCAAAGAACCAGGAAACGAAGUAGAGCCGAAAAUUAAAGAGCCAGGAAACGAAGUAGACCCGAAAAUUAAAGAGCCAUAUCAAAGCCAACCAAGUGAAGAAGAGAGGUUAAAAAAAGCAGAUUUGGCUCUUAAUGAGUAUUUUACCGAUGUUCUGCAAAACCUUAGUGUGAAAAUGAAAACUGGCAUGGAUGAACCAUUGGGAGAAGUUUUAGAUCCAGUUAAGUUAGAUGACAUGCAACUUCAACCCUUGGUUGCUGGACAAGUAUUCGAUGUUAAAAUGAAAAAGAUUACAGUUGGUGGGCUGUCAGACUUUAAAAUCACUCAAUUGGAAAGUCAGUUGUCAGAUUCUCGCAUCAAAGUAGGCAUUCAUUAUCCAAAACUAACAGCCAACUGUCUUUUCAACGCAAAUGGUUCAUUGUAUGAAAUUUUUAAAGUUACAGGCAAAGGUAAUGCCACCAUAAUCUUCAAUGAUGUUUAUGCCAGAACUGUUUUGUAUCUUACAAAGGACGAUGGAGUUUUGCAAGUGACGACUGCUGAUCAGCCAUAUGUUGAUUUUAAAUCAGCUGAAAUUCUUUUCCUUGAUGAAGAGGCUCCUGAAGGUUCCGAACCUAUCAAAGCAGAAAGUGUUGCGACCCAACUUGGACCGUUAUACUUCUGGGUGCUCACUGCCAAUGCCGUUGAUAAGAUUGAUUAUCCACUGGCUCUUUAUUUCAAUAAAGCAUUACAGGGUUUUCCUCUUUCUGACUUUUUAGAUGGAUACGUUUUGCGUCAGCGGCAUUUACGUAUACAUGUUCCUCAUAAUCCACUUCCAUACGCUUACGUUUCAUCUGAUUUAGGUCAAAUCUAAAUAAGUGUUGUGUACUUUUUAAAUUGAAAGCUGGCAUUUUCAAUUUAAAAUUUUAAUAAAUUUUAAGCAAUGUGUACUUAAUUUUAAAUCUCUCAAUAAUAAUUUAUGCCUAUAAGUGAUAUUUCAUACAAAAAUUUAGCGCACAAUAUUUAACUUAACAAAUACUGUAGAAAUUGAGUGUUCUUAUAGGCAUUCUAUAAAUUUAAGGUAAUUAUUAGAAUAUUAGAACGGAGAAAUUUAAACUUGUAAAAUUUAGAAUACGAAUAUUGUGUGAUGUGCUUCAUUUUUGUGUAUUGUUUUGCAGCGUUUGUUUUUUAUUAUUUUUUAUUAUUAUUCAUUCUUAAGUUAUUGCAUUUUUAAUUUAUUAUAAUUUUAUUUAUAACGGA